UGCCCGGGGUAACUAUAUUUUUCCUCCAAGGGAAUCGAUCAUGGCUGAUGACUCUCAGAGAAACUUCCGGUCAGUGUAUUAUGAAAAAGUGGGAUUUCGUGGAGUUGAAGAAAAAAAGUCACUGGAAAUUCUCUUAAAAGAUGAUCGUUUAGAUAUUGAGAAGCUUUGUACCUUUAGUCAAAGGUUUCCUCUCCCAUCCAUGUACCGUAUACUGGUGUGGAAGGUGCUUUUAGGGAUUAUUCCUCCUCACCAUGAAUCUCAUGCUUUGGUGAUGAAAUACCGGAGUGAGCAGUACUGGGAUGUGCACCAUGCUCUCCGUAUAAUUCGUUUUAUCAAUGAUUCUACCCCACAGGUAGAUGUUUUCCUCCGGAUACAUCAGUUGGAAUCAGGAAAAUUGCCUCGAAACUCAGCUUUUCCUUUGGAACCAGAAGAUGAAGUGUUUCUUGCCAUUGCUAAGGCGAUGGAGGAAAUGGUGAAGGACCCUAUAGAGUGCUACUGGCUAGUUAGUUGCUUUGUGAAUCAGCUGAAUAGCAAGCACAAAGACUCAUUACAGCAGCUGCCAAAAAUUCUGGAGCAGUAUUUGAACGUCGAAGAUAACAGGCUCCUGAUGCAUCUGAAAGCAUGUUCUGCAAUGAGCAAACUUCCUUAUCAUCUUUGGUUUAAAAAGUGUUUUGCAGGUUGUUUACCUGAGUCCAGUUUACAGAGGUAAGUUUUCUUUCUUUUUUUUUCUU